AUAUAUUUAUGGCGGAGCAGUCUCUUUAGAGAACCUUGAAACUUCUGACAUACUUGAUCUUUUGAUAGCUUUCAAUGAAUUUAACUUUUCAGAAUUUGUUGAUAGUCUUCAAACUCGCCUUAUUGAAGAUAAUGCAUCAUGGCUUCAAAAAAUACGACCUUAUAAAAAAAUCCUUGAAGAAAAUUUGUGGGAUGAUAUUAUGGCAAAAUUUGCAUCACCAAAUAAACCUAUUACUUCUACAAUUUUACCUC